AUGCGUGGCUCGCAGCUGCUCCGUACCGGAUACUUUGUGUACGAGAAUCCUGAUAGAUUCCCGCACCCUGUAGCUUACACUUUCGCAGUUCUCAGGAACUACACAGUCAACACGUGCGACAAUCCAACGGCCCCUCGUCUAAAAAGCGUUUCAAUCGCUUUCCUGGUCCUGUUCGGCGCUCAAACGGUAUUCUUCCUCAUGCGCAUGCUCACACGAGCGCUCAAAUUAUCUACAUGGGGCAUGGAUGACACGACCUUAAUCGUGGCCUUCCUGGCUACUAUUGGUGUUAUCACAGGCCGUCAACUGCAGCUUAAGGCCGGCAUGGGCCAGGACAUCUGGACACUGACGCACGACGAGAUCGACUAUUAUAUCAAAAUAUUCUGGAUCUUUGGAUUUAUAUAUACUAUCACUCUGGCACUGGUCAAGGCGUCGAUCUGUUUUCUCUACCAGCGGCUGUUCUCAAAUAGGCAAUUCCAACGGAUCGUCUGGGCGACACAAGCCUUCAAUCUUGCACUUACGGUUGCAUUCGUCUUCGCCUACGCCUUCCAGUGUACUCCUACGGAUUACUUCUGGAAGAUGUGGCAAGGACGAGGCGUGCACAAAGGCCAUUGCAUAAGUUUUUCUAUAUUAUCCUGGACAAAUUCAGGAAUUGGGAUUGCACUGGACCUCUGGAUGCUUGCGUUGCCGUUCUGGCAAGUCACUAAACUGAACUUGCCGUUUCGCAAGAGGAUGGAGGCCUUCGUGAUGUUUGGCUUUGGUAUAUUCUUGACGAUAGUCAGCAUCUUGCGUCUCCAAUGCCUGGUCAUCAUGACUAAUGGCCAUAACCCUACAAAGGACCUGACCUGGCUUGCAACAUGGUCCAACGUCGAGAUCACAGUGGGAAUAAUCAUCGCCUGCCUCCCGUCGGCACGGCUGCUCAUUCUCCGGUACCUACCCAACAAGCUCAAAGAAUGGACCCAGACAACACGCACUACCACAUCGAGCCACACGCCGCGGAGCUCCAAGCUCGGGUCCACCGCUACGUGGGUGAGCGGUCUCAGCGGGAAGAGGGAGAGCACCACACAGCCAUCGGUACCGCUGUCGGAUGCGACCCACGACGGGGACCGCGAAUGCAACACACAGGGCUCACUUGGCUCUCCUAAGCACCCCGAUGAAGCGCUAAGCCACCCCGGCGCAAGCGUCAGCGUCGCGUCAGGAUUUGGGCGGCGGGAGUCGGAGCUCCCGCUCGUCCCCGGGUUUGAGUCAUCCCGGCCUGCUCCUCUGGCCGGGCACUCAUUUUUGAACGGCGACGAGGCAUCUCCAGCCCGUACACCAGUUGCGAAGGACCGACGCAUUUGGGUUGAGCAGCACAUCUAUGUAUCGAAUGACCCGGUCACCAGGUUUUCGACGGAGAUCUCGCGUGGCGAUCCAAAAGAUGACGAGGAUUCACUGCCGCCCUGGGUCCCAAGACUUUCUGAAAACCACGUUGCCGAAGACAAGGAUGUAUAG